GGCAUUGCAGUCUCACAUUGAUGUGUGGCAGAGCUUGUGGGCUUUUCACGGCGAGCCACCUAGGGAGCAGCGCUUCAAGGAACCCAUGUGGGACACAUUCGGGCAAGCAGAUGCCUCCUUCACCCGCAAAAUAAAGUCAUAGUACUGGGCAACUUACGGUUGUAACCACAAGGACCUGCAAAAGAUCGCAACAAGGGUCACAAACAUUUGGAGCACAGCCCACACCCUCGGAGAGAAAUUGGUCCCCCCUUGACUUGAUCCACAGCAAGAGGAGGAACAAUCUCUCAAGCGAUAGUUUGGCGAAGCUUGUUUAUGUGCAUUGGAACAUGCAGCUGCAGAGAAUUCCUAGAAGUAUGAAGGACGGGUGGGUUGAUGUGUUGGCAACAUUCUUCGAUGACCCCGAGCUUCCAUCCCCGAAUGAUGGUGCGAUUUUGCCGGGGCCUUUGGAGAUGACGGAGGAGGAUUUGCAACGGCAGGCUCGCCUGACAAAGACCCCAAGGGGGAGGAUUCCAAACGAUCUGGAUUCAAAUGAUUCCGCUGCAUCGAGCAGCGACGAUGACAUAAUUUGGAGUGAGAAAGGGAACAGAAGGACACAACCGUUGCGAGACGCAAAGGGCAAGGCCCCAAUGGGGGAGGAGGAUGAGGAGGUUGAGGGGGGGGAGGAGGAGGAUUCAUAUGCAGACUCGGACUUUGAACUGCUCCCAUCUGAGGACAACCUGCUUCUGCCAUCCCAGCGUCAGUCCGAGAAGGAGAGAGACCGCUUUGAUGAGGAGGACAGGGCAGCAGCAAGGGCCCUUGCAGAUAAGGAUCAGGUGAGGGUGCAGCAACGCAUAGAAGAGGAAGCCACAUGGCGCAUGGCUGUGCGACCUCCCACAAGGGUGAACACGCAUGGAGCGGCAUCUGCACCUCCCUCCGCAUGCACAACAGGGGCAUCUGCACCUCCCUCUGCAUGCACAACAGGUGGACUCCACACAAAUGAGGUGCAACAGCACCACCAGAUGCAAUGUGUACAGGUACUGCUGCAGCAAUCAGAGAAGCAACAGAAAGAAGACCCGCCUCAGCUGCAGGAGGUUCAAAAACAGUUGCAUCAGCAUCAGGAUGAGAAGGGCCGCAAUCAGUGCAACGUGCGACUGGAACAGCGACAGCAAAAGGAGAAGCAUGCCGUGCAGCCGGAGGAGCAGCCUGCCCAGUGUAUCGUGCAACAAGAGCAGCAACAGGGGCAACGACAUGACCAACCGAAGGGCCAGCAGCAACAAGAGGACGAGCAACAACCACCAUAUGUAGAUUGCCCUCCUUCCUUUCCAGAGAUGGAUGAGUCUCUCGUCCAUGACAACUUGGAAAUCAGCAGGGCAGGAAGGAAAAAGGAAAAUGGACCCGAGUCUCCAAUCGCUCCAGUUGUGAAGCGUGGGCGGGGCAGACUGAGAAAGGGACAAGGAAGACCUGACCCGCCACCACCACCAGCAACAUGCCGCCCUUCCACACGCAGUGGGGGCAGGAGCCUCCACAAAACAAGGGAAACCCGGGCACGAGUGGAAAGGGCAUGCAAGUCAUUGAGGAUGAUCCGACGGUGGGGGAGCAGAGUAGCAUAGAUGAGGAAAGCAGGGACGAGGACAACGGUGAGGGCAAUGACUCCGACCCUUAGGUGAUAGUCUUAGGGUGGUGAUUGGGCAUUUUUUUCUUUCUUUCUUUCUUUCUUUCUUCUUGUUCUUGUACUUUCAGGAAUCUCAAACGUCUUCAGACUUCCAGCUGUUCUAUGAGGAGAAGACAGCUGUAUUUUUUCCUUCCUUUCUUUCUUCUUCUUGUUCUUCUACUUUCACGAAUCUCAAACGACGUCAGACUUGCAGCUGUUUCAGGUUUCUCUGCGUCGCUGUUUGCUUGCUGCCUCUCUGGCCUUCUUUUUUUUGUUAGUUUGUCAAACUUGUUAUAUCGUACUUAUGUGAUGGCUUCUACUUUGCUUCGAGUGGUUACGGUGGUAUCUGAAAUUCUGAAUGCCAUGCUUUCUUUGCCACGUGCUGAGUUUCCCAAGAGAUAGAUGUCACCAUGUAAGGGACGCUGGACCCGUUUUCCAGCAGGUCUCGCUCCCCACCAAUAG